CAUGAACCCCCUCCGCAUCUUCUCCAGAGCCUACUCAACUGUCAAGGUGAUCCCAACUCCCGGUAUCACUAAUGGAUUCAUUGGAGCCAUCGGCAACACACCUUUGCUUCGCCUGAAGAAACUUAGUGAGGAAACUGGAUCCGAUAUUCUUGCCAAGGCUGAAUUCAUGAACCCCGGUGGUUCUGUAAAGGAUCGUGCAGCCUUGUUCGUCGUCAAGGAUGCUGAAGAGAAGGGACUUAUUGCACCCGGUGGAACUGUUGUUGAAGGUACUGCUGGUAAUACCGGUAUUGGCCUUGCCCAUGUGUGUCGUGCAAAGGGCUACAAAUGUGUUAUUUAUAUGCCUAAUACCCAGUCCCAGGAAAAGAUCGAUCUUUUGCGUAUGCUUGGUGCCGAGGUCUACCCCGUACCUGCUGUCGCAUUCGACAACCCAGAAAACUAUAACCACCAAGCCAAGCGCCACGCCGAGAAGCUUGAGAAUGCUGUCUGGACCAACCAGUUCGACAACACUGCAAACCGUCGUGCCCACAUUGAGACCACUGGUCCCGAAAUUAUGGAACAAACAAACGGCGAAGUCGAUGGCUUUGUUUGUGCAACAGGAACUGGUGGUACCCUUGCUGGUAUCACUCGCUACCUCAAGGAUCAGAAGGGUGAUAAUGUCAAGGUUUACCUUGCUGAUCCCCCAGGAUCUGUUCUCCACAGCUAUGUGUCUACCAACGGCAAGCUUUUUGAACGUUCUGGAAGCUCAAUUACCGAGGGUAUUGGACAGGGCCGUAUCACAGACAACUUGGCACCGGAUGUGAAGUUGAUUGACGGCUCUUUCACUAUUCCUGAUGAAGAGACCAUCAAGAUGAUUUACCGUUUGUUGGACGAGGAAGGUAUCUACGUCGGUGCAAGCUCAGCAUUGAAUGUUGUUGCUGCUGUCGAGAUGUCCAAGAAGCUUGGCAAGGGUAAGAAGAUUGUCACCAUCUUGUGUGAUGGUGCAUACAGAUACCAGUCUCGCCUUUUCAGUCGCACUUGGCUCGAGUCCAAGAAGCUGAGCACUGCCAUCCCUGAGCACUUGCAAAAGUACAUUGUCCUGCCAUAAAUCAAAUACACUUAAUACACUUAAUGCACUGGCCUAGAUAAAAGAUAAAUAUUACAUAAAUACACAAAGCUCUUGUUAGCUGGUUUAAUAAGCCCUG